GAGAGUUUGAGCAGAAGAGAACAGGGAAAUGAAGUUGUCAGACAGGCCAGCCCAGCAACUCUCGCUCCAUAACUAGGCAGCUAGCAAGUUAGGUGACAGGCGGUCACGAGUGGAGAUUUAUAUGAAAUACAACAGCUAUGAAGGUCGUCCGUUUGAACAACUUGUAGCUACAAUUGGUACGUAUUAGAGAGCUACACCCAGAGAUCUCAGAUAACGUUCAAAGUAGCGUUACAGUGGACAAAAGUGAGGACAACUUGCUAGCCUGCUAGCUAACCUUUAGCCGCCGAGCCUCCUUCAGCUUCAACACCACAGUUCACUCGAGAUUUGGGCUUGUAACACCAGCUUUCAGUCAUGCCUUUUCCUUUUGGGAAGUCUCAGAAGAGUCCAGCUGAUAUAGUGAGGAGUUUGAAGGAGAAUGUGGCAUACAUGGAAAAGAUGGAUGCUGGGGACAGCAAAAAGUGUGAAAAGGUUGCAGAGGAGGUGUCAAAAAACCUGGCUUCACUGAAGGAGGUACUGAGUGGAACAGGUGACAAGGAGCCUCAAACUGAAGCGGUGGCUCAGCUUGCUCAAGAGCUGUACAACACCAACCUCCUCAUCGCCCUCAUUGCAAACCUGCAGAGGAUUGAUUUUGAGGGGAAGAAGGAUGUGGUUCAUUUGUUCAGCAAUAUUGUGAGACGUCAGAUUGGAACCCGUACACCCACGGUAGAAUACAUCUCUACCCAACAACAGAUCCUCUUCAUGCUUCUGAAAGGAUAUGAGAGUGCAGAAGUGGCUCUGAACUGUGGGAUGAUGCUGAGAGAGUGCCUGCGCCACGAGCCUCUGGCACGGACGGUGCUCUUCUCUGAAGACUUCUACUGCUUCUUCCGUUACGUAGAGCUCUCGACCUUUGACAUUGCCUCAGACGCUUUUGCCUCAUUUAAGGAUCUCCUCACAAGGCACAAGAUUAUGUGUGCGGAUUUCCUGGAGAACAAUUAUGACCGGGUGUUUACAGAAUACGAAAAACUGCUGCACUCUGAGAACUACGUCACCAAACGACAGUCUUUGAAGCUCCUUGGGGAACUUCUUCUGGAUAGGCACAACUUCACUGUGAUGACAAAGUACAUCAGUCGGGCAGAGAACCUGAAGCUGAUGAUGAACCUGCUCAGAGACAACAGCCGGAACAUCCAGUUUGAGGCGUUCCACGUGUUCAAGGUAUUUGUUGCGAACCCCAACAAGACCCAGCCCGUGCUGGACAUCCUGCUGAAGAACCAGACCAAACUGGUGGAGUUCCUGAGCCACUUCCAGACCGACCGGUCAGAGGACGAGCAGUUCUGCGACGAGAAGAACUAUCUGAUUAAGCAGAUCCGGGACCUGAAGAGGCCCGCGGCACCGGAGGAAGCUUAAGGUGCCCGGAAACAAGCGCUCCAUCAGGUGGUUGAGGUUUAAGGUGGUGCUGGCUGGAGCUGCAGAGAGAGAGAGAGAGAGAGAGAGAGAGAGAGAGAGAGAGAGAGAGUCUAAAAAGACAUGCUUCAUUAAAAUCUUAUUAACUACAAAAUAUAGGAAAAAAAGUACUUCCUUCACUUUCUAUUUUUUUUUUUUUGUUUGGAUGUGAAGGUGAUUUCCAUCCAGCAACCUGAGUGGGCCAAUAACUGUUAUUUAAACCAUAGUGCUUAUCUUCUUCUUCUUUAGUGAUAAUGAAAAGUCCGUUCUUGUAAUGUUGGACCUUAAACUGUUAUCCUUUCCACCAAACACCGAUGCUGGCAGAGAGCGUAGAAUGACAGAAACGUCGCCCCAUUCACAGCCAACGUGUGAUCUUUAAAGUCUUUCUCAGAAAACAUGUCUAUAUUUUAGAGAUCGAGAAGUAAAUAUAUUAUUUUUCUAAUGUAUCUUCAUGGUAAACGGCUUAAAACACACUCUCUCUGAACAUUUAGUCCUGCAUAGGUUUGGUUUAUUGCCUUAUUGUAAGCUGUUGUGUUGUACAGGGACUUUAUUGAUUUUUUUAGAUUGGCAGAGUGACAUUCUGGCCGGGUCAGCACAUAGCCAUUUUUUGGUGAUUCAUAUGUAGUUAAUAGGCCUUUUGGUUGCGUGUGUAAGGUCAGAAAUGUGCAGUGCUGUGCUUGCCGAUGCAUUAGCUGCCGCAGGAAGAGGAAAUCAAAACCAUAGAGGAAUCGAUUAAUAAUGCUGCAAUUCUUUUUCUCUUUUUUUUUUCCGGCUGCGCUCAGCGAGGCUUACAUGACUGAAAUAGAAACAUCAGAUAAUGCUGCAGGGUAGCAGCCACCCAUUCAAUGCUAACGCGGACAGCCAGGAUCCACCCAUUGAUCUCAGUGAGAGCCUCUCGUACACAAGCACAGAUAGAAAGCCUUCAUUUAAAAACAACUCAUUUGAAACUACCUGACAGUUCUCAUUUCAACACUGCAUAACAUAAGAUAUAAUGCCGUUUACAAGGAGGUGUUGCCCAUGACGAUGCAUCAUAAGUAUGUUACACUGAAUCUAUUAUAGUCAUACGAAAGCAUGAUAAUUCUAACUUUCAUCAUGAAGAAAUUCCUUUUUUUUCAUUUGACGCAUAUUGAACAUCUGUUGCACAGGAUUUGAGGAUAUUAAGUAAUAGACAUUUCAUUUGACUGGAAUAAUUUGCUUAAACAAACAUCGCCUCGAUUACAUGUAAACUCAUCCGUACAUUAGUUACCUCGUAACCAAAGAAUACAAAAAGAAAAGGGGGUGGCAGAGGAAAACACGAAACAACUUCAUGUUCUUCUCUUUAUUGCUAAACCGAUUAUUAUAAUACUUUUUAAUAAUAGUUUAAGUGUUGCAGUGACUUAUAAUGACGUAUUUUUGUCAGCCAGACCCAGAAGUUAGCAUCGUAAAGGGCUCCCUCGAGAAAAAGCAAUUGGAUUUCCCCAUUUGAUUUAGUCAUAUUGCAAAAAAUAACGUGCAGAUCUCUUCAGCUUGUGUUAACUACAUAUUCUAGGCACCAAACGAGUAAAAACCUUUUCCGACUUUGAGACAAGUAAUUGUAAAUUGCUACGUUUUUUUUUCUCCAGGUUUCAGGACUCACUCCUGCACCACCCUAUAGAACACACUGUAACAUGCCCAUGAUGCAUCAGAAGGCUCUUCGUCCUAUCAGAUGUCAAUACAUUGCCAGAAUAACCACAAGCACUUUUUUUAAAACAAGUUUGUUUUGGAUGAAGAGCACUGAAUUUCUUGAGUUCCUCACGUGCAUCACUGAUUAGUUUAUAUUUCUUUAAAGAAGCGUUGAUAUGAUUGCCUUACUUCCCCCAUUGUCACUAAAAUGACACAUUGGGGAUUUCAAGAAAUAUGUUGUCUGUGCGCACAGUCUCCUAGUAUAUACCUCAUGGGAUUUGAGUUUGCAAAUGCUGUGUUCUCUUUCCUUUCCUUCCUUUGACCAGAUAUUUGAUUUGACAGUUUCAAAUACACAACAGUGGUUUGUAUGCAUGCCUAAACUUGAUGUAUAUGUUCAAACUUGAACGAGAACUGCGACCUGGUUUUCACAAUGGAAAGCUAGAUUUUUAAACUUAAAUAUUUCAUUGGGUGGCGCCACACAAACGUUAAUUCAUAAUGAAUUGCAGUGCGGUGCCUUGUAAUGAACGUUGCCUUAUUUAAAGACAUUUAAUGGAUUUUUUAAAAACCAAAGUCAAAAUGUACAUUAGAAGUUCCAAAAUGCAUUCAUUUCUCCAUCUAGUGUAGCUUUAUCACCAUUCGCUCAAUGUAAUCUUAUGAGUGUGGAUAUAUAUUUUAAUAAACUACACUCAGCUGUGGUGGAUUAACUUUUUUUUAAUCCCUAUUUGGUACACUGCACCAGAUAGUCACAAGGUCAGCAUUAACGGAUCCAUAUGAAAUUUGGGAACUCUGCUGUGAACGUGGUACAUUAUGCACAAAUGGACUGAAGUCCUGCACACAGGGCACUGUCAUGCCACCAGUUUAUGAAAGAAAGUUUGUCUGAAAGUCUGUUUUUCUUUAAAAUACCCUUACGGUGAUCAACUUUUCAACUUGUUACUAAUGUGAGACACAAUUUCUCAAAAAUGAUACUAAUUAAUCGGACCUAACCUGCAAACACAAGUCAUUAUUUAUAUCUUAAUGAGCACAAACACACUUACAGCUUGCUGACAAAGUGUUGCGUUAUAAUAUCCAAGAUUAUCUGACUUUUUUUGUGGGAAAAAACUCAACUUUGAGAAGAAUAUUUUUUAAUUUGCUCAUGCAAACUUUCUGAAAGUGUCAUGACGUUGCGCUUUGGAGAGGACGUGCUGUACACAGUCGUCCCAUCGGGGGGCGCUGUUGGCAACAUUUGGUAUUACUAAAACAAAGCAUCUCAUGUUUCUAUAACCCUACCUCUAAUAUGAGUAUAUAAAUCACUGGCAAUAUUAUGUAGAUGUCAACACAAAUUCCUUAUGAUCAAUACUAUAUAUUUCAUGAUUUAGGGGUUUUCUGUUUUAAAUAUUUGUUGUGCUUUACUUUUUUUUCUUUUUUUUUUUUACUCUUGUUGCCUUCUCUUUUCCCCUCCUUCUCUUUCCUUUAUUUACCAUGGGAGCCAAUUAUGUGUACAUAACUUUAUAAAGGAUAAAAAGUGUGAAAGCAUUCAUGAAAAUAAAACUUUAUGGCAAUUUA